GUGGAACAGAGAUGCCCUGAGGGUGCAAAGUGAGGCAAGGACAUGAAGCAUUGCCUGCUGGGCUGUGCUUCCCUUGAAGUCAAAGGGCAGAGGGACAGGUGUGUCCUAAAAGCAACCCCUGCUGGCUCUGAGUGAAGCGUCGGUGAAACGGCAGCUCCAGAAGAGUUGGGGAAGCCCAGGGAAUCUUCUUACUCUUCUUGUUACUCUUCUGAUUACCCUGUGCUGUUUUCACGUAGCCCUGGAGCUUUUUCCUGCACUGCCAGCUGAGGUGUGAGCAGCUCUGCUGCCUGAAAGCCCAACAGCUCUGCACGGACUUGUGAGGUGCCACGGGGACGGUGGCCAUGUGCCAGCGGGGCAGACGGAACCUGCGGCAGCUACGAGGUUGGCUCUGCAGAGAUACGAAAUCAGCAGCACGGACUGAGCUGUGGAUGGCUUCGUGGCCAUAUUCCUUUGGAGCUGGUGCUGGGUAGGUUUCUGUUUGGAAACACCUGCUUGGCCCUGCCCUUCGGCAGCUGCUGGCACGAGCUUCCCCCGUCAGCUGGUGGUGGCUGCGCGUUUCCCUGCCCUGCCGCUCCUGCAGCUCCUUGUAGGGCUCACUCCAGGCUUGGUGAGAAGAAACGAGCACUGGGUGAGGAAUCGCCAGUGUGAGGCAGAGCUUUCAGCGUGCCCAGGAGGAAGAAGACAAGGCGGGGGCAGAGCAUUUUCUCCAUGUCCUCUCCCCUCCCCUGCUCUGGGCUCCUGCCCCAGGCAAACACCCGGAGUGCCAGAGGAGAGCAGCAGGGGAGCAGUGUGCCCUGCUCAGCUGCACAGGGCUCUGGGUGCUUCUUGGAGUGAAAUGUUUGUGCUGAAGCACCUCGCCCACAAGGACUGGGGCUCCUCCGCAAGAGGUGCCGAGGCUGGCUGGGGACAGGAGGAGCAGCUCCGUGCGCCAGGAGCUGCUGCUGGUGACCGUGGCGCUUCCUCACAGCAUCCCUCAUCCUCAGCAGGAGGGUUCAGCUGGGUGAGCUCCAGCGUGGAAGAAGCAGCCUGACCCCACUGUGCACAGGGAGAACCUCAAGGAGCGGAGCCUGCUCCGUGCUGCUGCCAGCCCCAGGCACUGCCAGGUGACAGCGGGGAGCGAGCGGCAGCGCAGGCGCCGUUAAUGAUUUACCCCCCCCAGGCUCCCUGCUCCUGCCCCGGCUGCAGGCAGCAUGCUGCUGCUGCUGGCUCUCCUGCUCCUGCUGCUGGGCCCUGCUGGGUGCCCCAGGACCGAGCCCCUGAGCAGCUCCAGCGACGAGCCCCUGUUCCGUGGUGCGGAUCGCUACGACUUCGCCGUCAUCGUCCCCGCCGGCACCUCCGAGUGCUUCUGGCAGUUUGCACACCAGAGCGGCAACUUCUUCUUCAGCUACGAGGUCCAGCGGGCGACGGGCUUCGCCAACAGCAGGAUCAUCCUGGCCACAGCGAGCGACCCCAACGGCUUCCAGAUCGGCGCUUCCCAGGACGCACGAGGACAGAUCAACUUCCCCACCAGGGAGACAGGUCCCCACUGCCCUGGUCCCCCCCCCAGGGGCAGGGGGCUGCUGCCUGGGGGCUGUGAGCUCCCCGAGCACCCUCCCUGCAGUGUUGGCUUGAAGCCGCUGCAGCUCUUUCCACCCAGGGAACAAAAACCCCCGCUUCUCCCUGCAGGUUUCUACCAGCUGUGCCUGGACAACCAGCACAACCACUUCGGCUUCAUGCAGGUGUACCUCAACUUUGGGGUCUACUACGACAAUUUCAACACGGAGAAGGAGCAGCCAGAAGAGAGGAGGCAGCUGAACGACACCUUGGAGGCCAUCGGGGUCAGCAUUCGCAAGCUGCAGCUCCACAUCUUCCACAUGUGGCGCUUCUACAACUUCGCCCGGAUGAGGAAAGGGGCCGACUCCUUCCUGCUCGAGUCCAACUACCACUACGUCAACUGCUGGUCGAUGGCGCAGAGCUGUGUCAUCGUCCUCUCCGGGGUGCUGCAGCUUUACUUCUUGAAGCGUCUCUUCAACGUGCAGGGCUCCAGCAAGCCCAGGUGCUGACAGCGCCCACGGCACCGGCACCGAGCUGCAUCAGCCCCUCCUGCUGCGGGGAGAGAGCUGGGUCCUGCGCUGGGGGGGAAGCAGAGCUCACCCAGCCUUACCUCAAAUCACCUCUUAAAUAAAAUGAAUGAAACACC